CAGAGCACGCUGGGCGCCUACUCGCCCGUGGACUACAUGAGCAUCACCAGCUUCCCGCGCCUGCCCGAGGAGGAGCCGGGCGGCGCCGCGGCCGAGAGCUGCCUGCGCGCCAGGAAGGAGGAGGACGCGUUCCUGGGCGAGCAGGACACCGAUCCAGACUCCUUCCUGAAAUCGGCUCGCCUUCAGCGCCUGCCUUCGUCUUCAUCAGAAAUGGGCAGUCAGGAUGUCUCCCCCCUUCGAGAAACUAGCAAGGACCCAUUCUCAGGGGACUGCAGCUGCCGUCAAGAUGGGCUGACUGUUAUCAUUACUGCCUGCUUGACUUUUGCUACAGGGGUCACGGUGGCCCUGAUCAUGCAAAUCUAUUUCGGGGACCCUCAGAUAUUCCACCAGGGUGCUGUGGUCACUGAUGCUGUUCCCUGCACAGCUCUGGGGAUUGAAGUGCUCAACAAGCAGGGGUCGUCGGUGGAUGCAGCUAUUGCUUCAGCCCUGUGUGCAGGGAUAAUCAACCCUCACACGUCAGGUAUUGGCGGUGGGGGAGUGAUGCUGGUUCAUGACAUCCGAAAGAACGAGAGCCAAGUGAUUGAUUUCCGAGAGACGGCACCCUUUGAGAUCCAGGAGGAGGUCCUUCGGAAGGCCUCGGAGGCAAAGGUGGGUCUGCUGGUGGGGGUGCCAGGAAUGAUACAAGGGAUGCAUAAGGCCCACCAGUUAUAUGGGAGACUCUCUUGGUCAGAACUGCUGGGACUUGCUGCAGGCAUUGCCCAGAAUGGAUUCAAUGUCACACAUGAUUUAGCCAGAGCUGUUACUGAACUGAAGGAGCUGAACUACUCUGACAGGUUCAGGGAGACUUUCCUCCCAGAGGGUCAGCCUUUGUUGGCUGGGAUGUUAAUGAAGCGACCAGACCUGGCAAACACUUUGGACCUGGUUGGAGCAGAAGGAGCAUCGGCUUUCUACAGUGGGAACCUGACACAGGAGAUCAUUUCUGAGGUCAAAAAUUAUGGAGGAGUCUUGACAGAGGUAGACUUCAGUAACUACAGUGCCCUGGUGAAGAAUCCAGUCCAUACAGUGUAUCGAGGUCACCUCAUUCUCAGCCCUCCACCUCCCCAUGCAGGCCCUGCAUUGAUCGCAGCUCUGAAUAUCCUGGAAGGCUUAAAUAUCACAAGCCAGAUAUCCAGGGAAAAUACCUUCCAUUGGAUAGCAGAGACAUUAAAAAUAGCACUGACUCUUGCUAGCAGCUUGGGAGACCCCUCCUAUGACGCAUCUGUAGAAGCAUCUGUAGAAGACAUGGUGAGCAAAUCAAAGGCUGGUGUUCUGCGUCAGCUGAUUAAUGACUCUCAGUCCUUCCCUUCUGGUCUCCAUAUUCCACCGUUCUCCAUGGAGAGUGGACCCUCUGCUAGCCAGGUCCUUGUUAUGGGACCUGAUGACUACAUUGUUGCUGUUGUGAGUUCCCUGAACCGGCCAUUUGGGAGUGGAAUAAUAACCCCCUCUGGAAUUCUACUGAACAGUCAGAUGUUGGACUUUUCCUGGCUGAAUAAGACAUCCAAUCACUCCUCUCUCAGCCCGAGGAAUCUCAUUCAGCCGGGGAAAAGACCUCUAUCCUUCUUACUGCCCACUGUUGUUCGACCAGCAGAAGGGAUGUGUGGGACGUAUCUCUGCGUGGGAGCUAACAAUGGAGACAAAGCCUUGAGCAGCAUCACUCAGGUUUUAGUGAAUGUUUUAACAUUUAACAAGAAUUUGAGUGAGAGUUUGUCACUGGGUCGCUUGUACCCACAACUUCAGUCCAACAUCUUGCAAGUUGACAGUGAAUUUCCUCAAGAAGAUAUUGAGUUCCUUGAAGCCAGGGGUCAUCAUGUAGAUAAAGUCAAAGUAGUCUCUCUGGUUCAUGGAGCCAGGAGAACCAACAAUUUCAUCAUUGGAGUGAAAGACCCAAGAAGUGUGGAUGCUGCAGGAGCCACGAUAUUAUAGUGACUUCCAGAUGGUGUGUUCAUGAACACAGCUUUAAACAAACAAACAAAUUAUGUGCAUGUUCUGAAAUUACCCCUUUUUCUUCCCCCAGUGUGGAACAAGCAGUAUUUUCUGUGAGUUUCUGCAUUGCUGAAGAGACUGUCCUCGUUCCCCACCCCAAACAAUGCAAGAGGCUGGUAAAGCCUCAAGAAAGCCCUUUGACAUUUUUAACCAAACACUUUGAGUUGUAGUAACCUGGAUGGCAGUCAAAGGAAUGCAGGGAAUAUACAUUUCUUUUGGCAGCGCCCUAUUAAUGAUUUCAGCCAUUUCAAAUUCCAACCUUAAACAUUUUAAUUUAACUGGCAGAAAUAUUAGCAAAAGACAUGAUGAGACCAAAAUAUUUUGUGCCAAACAGAUGGUUGCUGCUGAUACAUCAGUCUUCAGUAUAGUACAUCAGUCUUCAAUGUAUAUAAUACAAACUGAUAUACUGGUUUUAGGCAGUCAUACCUGGAUUUCCAUAGGGAUUUCUUUAAUAUUUCACAUGGAUCAGCUGAUUUUUACCAGCAUAUGUAUUCCUAUAUAGUUUCCAUUCAUGCUUUUCCCAUAUGAUUCUUUUACCAUAAAUAUUUGGAAUUCAUUUACUGAAAAGAUUCCAAACUUUGUUGAGUUGGACUGCAUUUUCACUGGCAGCAUGGGGCUAGGUAUUCACUACUGAUGUCCCCACAACAGCUACAUGAGGGGUAGUCACAGGGCAAAUUGUUAUGCAGAAAGAAUUUGGGUACCUUCCGGUGUUUUUUUUUUUAAUACUGCCUCAUUAAAGCCUGCUCUGAAAACAUUAAGGAAUCCCAUGCUUCCAUGCACAUCAGAUUUCAUAGAACUAUUUCAAAUUAGUGCUUUGAUACUAUUAUGAGGGAUAUAUUAGAAAAAACAUGCAAUAUAUAGAGAAGACUUAAAGCAAGAACAAUUUAGAUAUUUUUAAAGUCCCAAAUGUUCAAUGCAGAAUGAAGGAAGAAUUCUGCAUUUAUCAUGUCAAAUAAAAAUGGAAAAAUAAUAAAAAGCAUGAUCACGGCACAGUGUCAUUCUGAUCAGCAUUUGUAUAUCUCCUUUUCUUUUCACCAGUAAAUUAUAUAGAGAAAUCCAGCACUUUACCAUUUUAGAGGGUUAUUUUAAAUUAUUUUUUCAUUGUUACACAACCUAAAUUGUAUUGGUUUCUUUUCUGAUGUUAAUGUAUCUAUGAGCCACUGUACAUAUUAUAUAUGUAUGUCUGCUUAUGAUUGUCUUGGAAUUUUAUUUGAUGCUUAUGAAGAGAAUUCCAGUUUUUGUCCUGUAUGAGGGACCAAGGAUCUGGAGUCUUGUGAAUAGUGAUGUGUUUCUAAUGUACCUUUUAUAGCUCAAAUGCAACUUGACGUGGAAAGCAUGUAGUAUCCUCCUAAGGGGAUCAAUGAACUAACGCAGAUUAUCAAAUGAAUAUUUUUUGCACUUAUUUAGCAUUUGUUAGCUGAGGAUCUCAAAACAUUUCACAAACUUUAACUAUUGAAUUCCAACAUUGUACACUGAGAUAGGGAAUAGAUAUUACAGAAUUCAUUUUUAUACACCACUAUAAAGCAGCUACCUGUAAGGUGGCUUUGUAGCAGACAUGAGACAUUGGAUAUGUAUUAGGUCUUAACUGACUCAGUAGCUCAGUUGUUAUGCUUGUUCAUCCAGGAAAAAAAGGAAGUGCUAUAGUAGGGGCAGCAUGUGUUUCUUGUGGAAGUCCACUUGGGGCAGAGAUGCACUUUAUGUCAAAGGGAAAAUCCCUGGGGUGUGGGGAAAGAACAUCCAUUUUACUUCUUCUAAUGCAACCAUUAGUUUGGAUUAAUGCCAAAAGUUAGAACAUGCUCAUAAAACUAUAGAUGUUUUGGAGCAGACUUCUUAGGAUGUACCAGGCAAGGUAGGGAGGCACUUUUGUGCACUGAACCUCACCACUUAAAAUUUGGGAUUUUUCUAGUAUAAAAACAGCAAUGUUUUGUCCUCCUGUGUAUGGAGGUUUAGUGACCAACUGUGAAAUAAACCUAGUGAUUGUUUAUAAUCCCAAAGUGAGAUUUCAGUGACAUUUUUUUUCUCAUGUUUUGAAGGUUAAGCAUGUGUUUAAGUGCUCUCCUGGAUCAAGGACUGUAUUGGGAAAGAGAAAAAAUGCAAAGAAACAGAGAUGGCAGUUACAUUAGGAAUAACCUUUAUCAGCUUUUGAUCUUGAAUGCCCAAUCAAUUAAUUAAUGGUUUCCUGAAGAGAUUCAAUACAGCUAAUGAGAAAUGUGUGAAUGGCUUUAAAUACAGCAGUUUGUUUGAAAUCUUGCUUGUGUCAAGCACAGACUGUUCUGUUUAAAACUCUAAAGAAAAUACAAAGGUGAAUGACAGCAAGAUAAUUCUAGAUUUGUAAUAAUGAUUUUGUUUAAUCCUGCAUUCCCUCCUCUGUUCUGGGAGGCCUGUUUGCCUUCUUCCUUCCCACCAUUACAAACAGUGAAUGGAUGCAAUUAUAAUCUCACAUUAGUAUAAAAUGUUAAUAACUUCACUGUAAUCAGUGACUUGUAGUAAAUUGUAAUAAAUUUAAAGGAGACCAGACCACACUCAGUAGCUUUUCAAUGUGGCUGCCAACACCUAUUUAGUGAACUAUGAAUUGUUGGACUGACAUGAAGAAAUCAGAAGCAAGGCUCAUUUUCUGUAUUAAAGAAUAAAGCUUUUAGUUACCUUCUUGGAAAUGGGAUUCUACAAAUUUCUCAUAGUUCAUUUUAACAGAGAUCCCCUGGAAAGACUUGAUCCCAAGGAUUACCUAGAACUGAAGAAAAAUUAUCAGCUCACCUUUCAUCUGCAUCAGUAAUAUGCAAAUGUAACUCCAUUAACUUCAGUAGAAUUUACAUUAAUUUAAGAGGAGGAGGGUUGAUUGAGUUUUUUAAGCAUAACUAUAUAAAACUCAUAUCCCCAUUAUGGCUGAUAAAAUUAUAUCACAAAGCUGAAAUGGUGAGGGCUUUUUUUUUUUUAAACACCAUAGUAGGAGAUGGUGUUGUAAUGGGUAAAUGUUUGCUUUAUAAGAAAGUUCUUCCAUACUUCAGCCAAGUGCUUUUGAAAGUUAUAAGUUAGAAGAAAAAGAGAAUCCUGGCAAGGAAGGACAAUUUUCAGAAGGGUCAGCCAUAUUUAAUGGUCCUUCAGAAAAAAAAGUAAGUCUGUAUAUGGAACAGAUGAGAUGGUUUCAAUAGUUCUCCAACAAUAACAUGGCCAAAGAAGAGCCAUCCAGUGUUCACAGCUUGUGAAAAGGAGAUGAUCCCCACAAGGGUGAACCUACUUGGGAGGGAAAAAGUUCCUGAAGGCGAUAGCUUCUUGAGGGCAGUAGUUCUUCAAGUUAACUUGAAGAAAAUAUCGAACUAGCAACAAUCCCUCAGCACAGCAUACACCUCCCCUAAGAAGGGAUCACAUUCCCCCAGCUAAAAGAAAACUGGACAAUCACUAUAUGUGUGAUUUAAACCGUACCUACCAUUCUGGUAUCCAAACUCUUGUCCUCUCCUUCCUUACCACAUUCCUUCUUUUAUGAAAUCCUAGAAAAAAGUAUGAGAGGAUUAUAAGGAAAGAUCAUUAAAAUCUCAACAAAAUAUGUCUUCCCCAUUUCCUUCCCCACAUAUGAUAAAGUGAACACGUAGAGAGUCUAGAUUAGGAAUCACUUAGUUCAUUUUAAGAGGGGCAGGGAGAAAUUAAGUUCUGAUAAUGGAAUCCUUAUAUAAUAUUUAAUUUUGGAAAAUCUAAAAUUGGUCAUGUGUAUGAGCGUAAAAGUACCACAUUUGCUAUAUAGCAUCAUUUUUAUUUGGAAAUACAGACAUAAGAAAAUGCAUUGUAAUCAUAACUGUGACUGUCUUGAAAUCAAUUAUAGCUGUGCAUUUUUUCACAUAAAGUGAAAAAGACUGAAAUACAGUUUUCUUUUUUCUAUUACCAGCUUGUGAGGUACCAGUUUCAUUCUUUACAGUAUUUUUUUUUGACAGACUCCAUUGUCUUGUUAAACAUUAUUCAUAUUACAGUAGUUUCUAGAAGUCCAAAACAAGACCAGAACCCAGUUGUACCUGAGCUGUAGGUACAGGCUGUAUGAGACAAUUCCUGUCUUAAAGACUUUAUAUUUAAGCACACUUUAUAAAAUGGGCCUUCAAGGAAGCCUCCGAUCCAAACAACCCCAGUUCAGAUGAAAUUUAAAUUCUCAUUUUGUUGCUCAAUUAAACCAAACAAGUUUGUUGGAAAGGUUAAUGUAUGUGCAU